AUGACAUUUCGGGCAUGUAAGCAAACGGCCGACCAGUCCAUUAAUGAGUACGUGGCGCAACUCAGGCAGCUUGCGCAGAAAUGCAAUUUCUCCAGUUCCACGUACUUAGAAGAGAACCUACGUGAUCAGCUGGCAUAUGGAUUGAGAAGUGAUGCGAUACGUUUCAAGCUGUUAACGGAAGACAAAUUAACAUUCAGCCGCGCAGUGGAAAUAGCGACGUCGCUGGAGGCGGCGGAUCGAGACUCGAAGGCCAGCGGACCUAGCAGCGGUGCUGGGAGCGGGACAUCGGCGUCGAUGUCGACGCGAGAAGAGGACGUGCACGCGGUGCGCGUCGGCGGCGGCGCGCGUGCGCCCCCGCGCCGUAGGCAACCGGCGGCGGCGCCGCGCGCGCGCUGUCCCCGGUGCUUGGGCACGCACCAUCCGAGGAGCUGCUCAUUCAUGAACACGGAGUGCUAUGUGUGCGGCAAGAAGGGACAUAUUGCUAAAGCGUGUAAAAACCGGAAACAUUAUAGCGUCAACGCGUGCACGGAGUCUACGGACACGAGCGACGACGUCGGGUCGGAGGACGGCGACGACGAGUACGACGUGCCGUUGUACUCUAUAGACGACGACACCGGCGGUGAUCAGCCAUGGUGGCGUACAGUGACGGUCAACGGAGUCAAGGUGCGCAUGCAGCUGGACUGUGGCUCUGCGAUAAGCGCUGUGUCUAGCAAUUUUUUUAAUCAGCUGUUUAAAAAUGUUAAAUUGUUGCCUCCUAAGACAAAGUUAAAAAUGUACGCGGGACAAAAAGUCACACCGAAGGGCAUUAUGUUGUGUGAAGUUAUGUAUGGCGAUAAAAAGAAAUCAAAUUUAAAUUUAGUCGUAGUAGACACAGACGACAGCCCGCCCAUUAUCGGACGUCGGUGGAUGACGGCGUUAGGUAUACAAUGCAGUCCUGAGACUCCCGAGUCGAUAUAUAGUAUUAUUAAGGAUCGUGAGCGUGUAGGGACACAGCUGGCUCGAGAAUUCCCGCAGGUGUUCGCGCAGGGAACUGGCACGUUCACUGGUAAGCCCAUACAACUAAGAGUGGCCAGCGAUGCGCGGCCCGUAUUCUGCAAGCCGCGGCCCGUGCCGCACGCGCUGCGCGCCGCCGUCGAGGCCGAGCUGGAGCGCCUGCAGGCGGACGGAGUCAUCUCGCCGGUGGAGACUAGCGAAUGGGGGACGCCUGUCGUGCCCGUCAUCAAACAAUCAGGUGAGGUGAGACUGUGCGGGGAUUUUAAAGUAACACUAAACCCGGUAUUAGAGGAUGACAAAUACCCGAUACCUCGUAUCGAUGAAAUAUUCUCUAAUUUGCAAGGAGGGCAACUGUUCAGCAAAAUAGAUUUGAGUCAUGCUUAUCAGCAAUUACCGCUUACAGAAGAAUCAAAACAGCUGUGCGUAAUUGUGACGCAUAAGGGUAGCUUUUGUUACAAUAGAUUACCAUUCGGUAUUAAGUGUGCCAUGAGUAAAUUUCAGCGCGUCCUUGAUAGUCUAUUCAAGAAUAUGAACCUUAUUGCAGUGUAUUGCGAUGAUAUUUUAGUCACGGGAGUUAAUGACGAUGACCAUUAUAAACGCUUGAUAUCGGUAUUCAAAAUAUUGUCUAAGGCAGGAUUAAGAAUAGCACAAAAUAAAUGCAUUUUUUUUCAAAAAUCUCACACAGACGAGCAAAAUAGAUGCCGUUCAGGCAGCCCCGGUACCGGACACCGUAUCGCGUUUAAAGGCAUUCUUAGGGUUGGUCAAUUAUUACGCGAAAUUCAUACCCAAUAUAAGUACCGUUUUACACCCGCUUUACGAGCUAUUAAAAAAACAUAA